CGGUACGAGUGCGCGCAAGAGAGGGUGAGGAGAUGGGGGGCGUUGAGACGCUGCUUUCAGCACCACGGACAGCUCCAGGAAGAUCAGCACCACGGACAGCUCUCAUAGAGAUCAGCACCACGGACAGUUCCAGGAAGAUCAGCACCACGGCCAGCUCCAGAGAGAGCGGCCGCUCGGCCCUCUGCGCUGCUGGGAGAGGACGGGAACCCCCACCUGUACUGGGAUUUAACCGCGCCUGACAACCGCAGGAAGUUCAUAUUCAACGAUAUUGUUGGACUCUGAUUUUAUUCUUUUUUUUUCUUUUUUUUUGUUGGUGCAGAUCAAUCAUGGCUGUAAUGACGAGCUACAGUCAACCUCACUAGAAAACGGCGUCUGCUAAGUUUCCCGUCACUGAAAAGGCGUUAUGCCUCCUCCUGUCUGCCUGCCUGACAAAUCCUCUGGUGAUGAAAGGAAGUUGAAGAACAAACACAAGUGACAAAACGACUAUAUCCUUAAGUAGGUUACUCUAUUUUGGUUUUGUUUUGUUCUCUCCUCGCAUUGGCGUGUGGAGAAAUAUUUUCUAUUUGUUGGGAAAUACUCCCAGGAGCAAAGAAACUAAAGAAAAACGCAUGCAGAGCAAGUUUCUCUUUCAGUCGGUGCAUUAGGCUUCUUCCAGCCUCCAUCAUCCCCGUGUAUUACUGUUUUCCCAGAGGCAAUGGGAGUCCUACAGCCACUAAUGCACGCCUUUGAUGCGGCCGGAUACAUCUCGCUUCUCUGGCUGCAGUGAUUCCCCCCCCUCCCUGCUCUUGCUCACCCUUUUUUCCAUGUAUUCUCCCCUUUCGCGCAAAUACUUGCGGGUUCCGAUCUAAAUCGAUUGAAUAAACAUGUUUUUGGCUGUUUUUUUUUAGCUGCGAGAUGAAGUUGGAGACUGCCUCGGAGGAACAGAGGAUACACCUCCCACAACUUUUGACACUGAUCUAGUUUUUUUUACCCCCCCUUCAUUCAUUCUUUUGAGACUUGCCAUAAAAAGAGGCGUGCGGUCGGUCGGGUGUGCAGGUGUCCAUGACGGAAACAAUGGCUCUGAGUGGAAAUUGUAGGACUAACCCCAAAGAUCAGGCAUCCGUUCAGAACAGUUUCCCAGAUGUGGUUGAGUUAAACGUGGGGGGGCAGGUUUAUUACACGCGCUACUCAACUUUGGUGGGCACCCCCAAUUCACUGCUCGGGAAGCUGUUCUCCUCCAAAAAAGACCCCUCUAACGACCUAGCCAGGGACCCCAAGGGUCGCUACUUCAUCGACAGGGAUGGCUUUUUAUUCCGGUACGUGCUGGACUACCUGCGGGACAAGCAGGUGGUCCUGCCGGACCACUUCCCCGAGAAAGGGAGGCUCAGGAAGGAGGCGGAGUACUUCCAGCUGCCCGACCUAGUCAAGCUGCUGUCCCCGGAGGACAGCAAGCCCAGCCCGGACGACUGCUGCUUCCACAGCGACCACGAGGACGGGUCCCAGGGCAGCGACCCGCGGCCCUGCCCGCCGCCCUCGCUGGUGCCCGCCGACAGGAAGAGCGGCUUCGUGACGGUGGGCUACCGGGGCUCCUGCACCGCGGCCAGGGACAGCCAGCAGGGCGACGCCAGGUUCCGCAGGGUGCCCCGGAUCCUGAUCUGCGGCAGGGUGGCCCUGGCCAAGGAGGUGUUCGGGGAGACCCUGAACGAGAGCCGGGACCCGGACCGGACCCCGGAGCGCUACACGUCCCGCUUCUACCUCAAGUUCAAGCACCUGGAGCGCGCCUUCGACAUGCUGUCGGAGUGCGGCUUCCAGAUGGUGGCGUGCAACUCGUCCGUCACCGCCUCGCUCGUCAGCCAGCACACGGAGGACAAGGUCUGGUCCAGCUACACGGAAUACGUCUUCUACCGUGGUACAUCACGUUGGUCCUCCCCUCCAUGUGACUGCUGCUGCAAGAACCACAAGGGUGAUGGCGAAGGCGAGAGCGGCACGUCCUUCAAUGAGCUCUCCACCUCCAGCUCAGAGAGCCAGUCCGAGGCCAGCUCUCCGCAGGGAACUGUUAUCUGCGGUCCGGUCAAUCGUCAGUCACACCCCCGUACCAAGGUGCAAACCCUGGACAGGCCACCAAAAAAGGGCCCGGUUGCCAUGCUGCAGCAGUCUGAACAGCGGAGGAAGAGCGACCUGCUCCGCACCCUCACAGCCAGCUCCCGCGACACCACCAGCAAGAAAAGGCCUGCGAAGGAGAAGCUGACAGUUGAGGAGGAGCUGGAAAAGUGCAUUCAAGACUUCCACAAGAUCAAGAUCCCCGAGCGAUUUCCUGAGAGGAAGUACAUGUGGCAGGCCGACCUGCUGAGAAAAUACCGCGUCUGAACCUGGAAAUACGACACGGGGAGGAAGAAAAGCACAAGGCCAAGGAUCAGUUUGUGUUUUUACAUCAUGACUUUUCCAAAAAUCGAGUUUCUGGAAGAAAAAACAUCAGGAUCAAAAACAACAGGAUCAUAAAAAAAAAAAAAGAAAAAACAGAGUUUAUUCAAUUGGUGUAUGUGUGUGUAUGUAGUUUAGGCCUAGUGUAUAGUGUAGUAUGUGCUGUAACUUGCUGAAUGAGUCAGAGCUUUGAACAAUUUAAUCCACGAGACAACUACAGGCAAACUAACUGACUCGACUGAAGUCUGUUGAUGGCGACACUUCAUGUUACUGAUGACGAAUGGACUAAACUGCCAUCAUUUUAAUUAAAAAUUAAAAAAAAAAAAUCACAGAAGCUACAUUUACAGUCCAAAAAGCAAAAUACUUAUUUAAUACAUGAAUGUAUGUUUUUGUGUGUGAGUUUGCACCCAGGUGGCCUGUACAUCACAGAAAACUCUGCAGUGGGAUCCAUUAAUAAUUCAUGCAAUCCUAACAUUACUCUCAGCGUAAAUAUAGCCAGAAAUGCCUGCUGCUGGGCUGGCAUAAACAGAUGGGUUGAGUACUUUACUUUUUUGUUAAUACUUGGGGUUUUUCUGAAGCAGAAGGAGGAACAAUUUCAUCACAAUCUCAAAUAUUCUCUUCUUCAGUUAUCAGUGAUGUUGCAAAAGUGCCCCAAAAGUGUCAAACUACCACUCGCUGCUUUCAUUUUUCCUAUGUUGACCAGAUGUAGAAACGGCAUAGAUUAUGAGGGCAAAGUGAAAGAAAUGGUCAAAACAGGGGAAUACAGAGACUCGGUUCAAGUUCAACAAAGACUAAGCGCAUACAUACACAAACCUUUUCAUCUACUGAAAAUUGUAGGCACUCACAAACAUUCCCUCCCACAUGUAGGCACAAAGAGCAAGCACUCAUGAGGCCAUUUAAGACAUAUUCACCAUGACUCCCACCAUACAAACAGAACGAAGGAGGACUGCUGCAUUUGGUAACUCUGCCAACACAGAUGAUCUCCACAAUACAAGCUUUUUAUUUGAGAUUGAUGAAGAAUCUGGUGAUAAUGUUGAAAGAUAUAGAUGUUAUUUUUACAGAUAUCAUUGAAGCUUUAGAACUCAUGACAAAGAAAAGCUACUCAUUUUUUUUGUUUUAACUUACAAUUAGCCAUUAUUUAUGAAUUUAUUUAAAUAUUUCUGGUUCCCUCUGAAACAUUAUAACACAACAAAAAAAAAUACAAGACAACUUGUUCAUGAGACAACACAGGUUGAUUUGUAUUUUAUUUGAGUUACUUCCUUGAAAAUAUGUCAUUGCCAAAAUACUAGAAAAAAUAGUCCAGUGUAUGAUUGAAAUCAUUACAAAAGUUAUAGUACACAAACAUUUAUUGACUAUGAAUUUCUAAUAAAUGUUAUCACAUAUAUUGUCAUUAAGUAUAUUUUUAGAAUGAACCUUUUAAAAAGAAAAACUAUUCAGUUGGAUGCAUUCUGCAUCUUUGCCACUUGGUGUCACUAAAUUGCAGACACGCACACACACUGGAUCUUAAGGAGAGACAUGUAAAAGAAAUGAAAAACACUGAACAUGUAGUAAAAUGACAAGAAAACAUCUGGAAUCCUAAUUCCUAAUACAGUAUGCAAGACAGUGGCACAGAUUCAGUUUGUUUUACAGAAAGUGGUGAGAUUAGCAUCUUUCUGCUACCGAUGCGUAAGUUAAUCACAUACAUAAAGUAUCUCACUCCAGCUACAAGUGAAUAAUUAUAUUGAAAGUGGUGCAUAAUUAAGUCAUUUUCUUUUGGGAUUGAACAUAUAAAUAAUAGUCCAGAUGAGUGUAGUUUAUAAGCAAUCACAGCUUUUUGCAAAGCUAAGUUAUAUGCACACAAAACUAAGAAAACAUACUAUAUGGCCUACUUCCGCACAGAUCAGUUUAUUUAGAAAAAAAGACAUACUAAGAUGUUUUAUUAUAGGUAUUUUUCUAUCUAAAGCGCUUUAAUUUAAAUAUAUCAUCAGAAGCCCUUAUUUUGCCCAUAAAUUGAUUUUCCUGAGAGAGCACUUGACAGACGGUUGCAGUACUCACUGGCAUCCACAUGUUUGCUGUGGUUUACUGCAGUACAGUGGUUGCAGUAGGUGUUGGAUGCAGACAAACCAUUUUGCUCGAUAGAAUGAAAAUGACUUAUUUUUCUACAUUUCUGGAAUAUUACGUUUUCACUUUAAAGUAAUUUAUCAUAUCAGUUGGCACUAAAAUACCUUAACUCAUCCAACAUAUCAUAUGUAAAUAAAAACCAUAAAUCAUACCCAAGCAGACCGAUGUAUUAUACUCUGUAUAUAUGACACACCGAUCCAUGGGGAGUUGCUGCUAUUCUGUUCUUAGUGAUGCAGUAGUUCGUUGCUAACGUAAUACAACCAGUCUUGUUUUAUCAGUUAGUGUUGGCGCAUGACAGAUGAAGGAAAAUAUAACACACACUUGUAACAUAUUACACAUUUACAGCUAUAACUAAUGGCAUGCCAGACAAUUUGCAAGACAACAGUAUUGUAAGUGGAAAGUUAGCAUAUAUGUCUGAGUCAGGGAGAGGCAGUUACUAAGAUAUUCAGCAAGCAUGACAGAGUUUAAUGCUUCAGACCACAGGCUUUUACUUUUUUUUUCUUGCUAACUGCAAAAAUGCUUCUAAAGAAUCAACUCGACAACUGUAAAAUUUAACCAAAACACCCUUCCCUCCCUUUUUAUAGGGGUCACUACCGUGGGUUGUUGGGUUUAGUGUAUUGAUUUUACCUAUUCCUUUUCUUCUUCUUUUUUAACAUCACAUGCCUGUGCUGAAAACGCUCCCAUAUCCCUGGGCUUGAUGCCGUGGGACCAGCACUACGAGGGGCUUGGGACAAUGUUAGGUUCAGUGUCCUGCCCAGAGACACUUUGCUCCAUAACUGGGCUGUGAAUUAAUCUGUCGACCUUAAGGUUGGAAGGCAGCUGGCUCCAACUCCCCAACUUCUUAGCCCACACUUAAAUGAAACACAAUAAAUGCUACAGGCAUUUUGCAGUCAUAGAGGCACUUGGCAGCUUCUUCGGUUAUGAAGCUUGUGCUUGGAGACCAGGCUUAAGACGAAUACAACCAGACAAAGAGAGGGGGCCUUGAUUAUGAAGAGCUUAAAACCAAUCACAAAUAAAACCUGGGUAAGAGACCACACUAGAGGCAUUUUACUAUCCCAACAUUAACCCCAUCAACAUCUCACCCAAAAUAGGAAACUACCAUAUAAAAGUGUUUUCUGAUUGCUUUGACUGGACCGAGGUCAUAUUGGAAAUAGGCUAUAAUCAGACUUUGUGGAGAACAGUUCCGGAGGUGUAUUAUGGGUUUGAGUGAUUAAUCAUACUCUCUCUUUAACAUCUAAAUGGAACUUUAACUGUUGUUAGAUCAAUAGCUAGAAUGCAAAGAUUUUUACAAGUAUGAUUUUAACAAAAACCUUUAUAACGUUGCUCAUCUUAAGUAAAGGCCAAGAGUCGGAACUUCAGAAUUGCAGAUUUUGUCAGUUUGUCUCAUUUCACUUCACUUCACAUGAACUAUUGGUUCAGUGGAAAAUAUCUGUAUCUCGCUUGACUUGGUCUGAACUAACUGUAAAAUACCAGUCACAUAAGAUUAGAAGUCAGUUAGCAAUGUGCGGAUUUCUGCUUUUUGAGAACUGCUUAUCUUCAAUUCAGUUUAAGUGGGGUGUAAGCUAUGCUAUAGAUUGUUUGCUUGACUCUACCUGUGUUUUUUUUUUUUUUACUUUUUAUUAGGUUUUUAGUUUACUUUCCAAGGGUUUAACACCAAGGUCGGUCACAGAGCAUUUUCAAUCAUGCCACUGAAUAGAAAUGAUAAGAUAGAAACUAAGACACCUGUGGCCUUCUAGCGUAAAGUACAGCUGUUUUUGCACAAUGCAUAAAGUUAACAAAGGCACACAAAUAAGGAAGUAUUAAAGAGAGGGAGAGAGGGGUAUAUAUCAAUGACCUUACAUACAUAGCACAGCCACAUAUAAUGUUUGUCUUGAUCAAAACAUUUAUUCCACUGUAUAGUAAACUGCCCGGUUUUAACCCUGAGAACACAUUUUCUGUUCUUUUGGCGUGAAAUGAACAACAGAUGAUGUAAAUUUUCUCGGUAAAUUGUGAGUGCAAUUUUAUUUUAAGUCAAAUAUACUCUGUGAAAGGAAGAACGAGUGGAUGGAUGUUAAGUUUUGUCAGUUUAUUUUGUAGUGCUACAUUUACAGUCUGUGACUGAUUCUUUCGUAUAGUUAUGUUCAUGGCCUGCAAGUGGAACCAAUGUAAAAGACUGCAACCCUUGUUUUUUUUCCCCUCCAGCUUUUGACGAACCUGCCAACAACAAAGAAAAUCAUUUUAUUCUGACACCACCACGGCAGACCUGGAAUCUACCAUUUGACAUAAGGGGCAUUCUUUUUGAUGGAUGUUGAUGUGAUUUCACACACAUGUAUACAAACACAAAGAAAAAAAAUGACAAAAAAACAACAAAAACAAUGUGAGCAUGUUGGUAUACAAAAUUUAUAACAGAUUUAACUUAGUCUGUUCUUGUGAAAAAAAAAGAUAAUGUUAAAAACUGAUGUUUGACAGAGAAAAGACAACCAGAAGGGAAAAAAAAAGAUAAGCACAAAUGUGUUGAUACUUUCUGUUCCUCCACGAGUGUAUAACAUUAUCAACUAAAAAGAAAAACUCUGUGAUGUGACCAAGCUCCUGUAAAACACAGCAACUCUCAUCGGACACUUAGAUCGAAUACUAGUGGCACCACCGAUCAUCAUGGGGAUAUUAUUUUUGGUAAUUGUGGGUUAUGGAAGCCUGAUGAUCCCGCAGGCUUUUCUGAUGGUUUAAAUAUUUAUUGAAAGAUAACUGAACAUGAAAUGUCAACAGCCUGUUGUCAGUGUUGAGAGUUGCUCUGUGUUCUAGGUGUGGCGUCGUGUUUCUGUGUCUGCCUUUAGAGAUGGUACGAUUCAUCUGAGAGUCUUUAGAUACAAAGCAUAUAGUCAUUUUGAAAAUGUAUAAGUACAACCAAUAA